GCGCCAGCGUCUCGCUCGUCUUCCCGUUGCGCGCGCGACUGCGCGCGCGCCGGCGCCUCUGCGGCGAGCAGGCGGCGGCGUCGGCGAAAACCGGCAGCGCAAAGGCGACGUCGUGCA